CGGGGCCCGGCUGCCUCAGGAGCUGGAGCCGGCUCCUCCCCGCAGCUCGGCCCGGCCAGAGCGCGGGGCGCACCUGCAGGGCAGGCCCCAGACUGCCCCGGGGGCAGGCGGUGCCCGAGCGCUCGGCCCGGAGGGGCGACCUGGCUCGUCCUGCGCUACGGGUGCAGUGGCAGCGUCGGGAGCCUCCCCUCUGCCUGGCUGGCGGCCAGGGGGAGUUGGGUCAGGUGCUUGGAAGAACUUUCUCCCCCCAGGGGUCUUCAGAGAGUGAUUAUGCAUCCCUGAUGUGAAGUUAUAACGUAUGUACCAUAGGAAAUUCUGGUGAUUAAAGGUCAUGGCAACCAUAGAGGAACUGGCCCAUCAAAUUAUUGAACAUCAAAUGGGAGAGAUUGCGCAUUCCCAAGGAGCUGCUACACAAACCCUAAUGGAUGGAACAGCACAAAGAAUACAAAUUGUCCCAGGUGAUUCAGGACUGUCUUUACCACAACGCAUACAGAUUGUCACAGAUCAGCAGACGGGCCAGAAGAUACAGAUUGUAACAGCACUUGAUCAGAGCACAACAGGCAAGCAGUUCAUCUUAACAAAUCAUGAUGGCUCUACCCCAAGCAAGGUGAUCCUUGCCAGACAAGAGUCUACUCCUGGAAAAGUUUUCCUAGCAACUCCAGAUGCUGCAGGUGUCAAUCAGCUGUUUUUUGCAUCCCCUGAUAUAUCUGCGCAACACAUCCAGAUUUUAACAGACCACUCUUCUGCAGAACAGACCCUAAAUAAAGUAUUUGAUCUCUGCGUUGUAUGUGGAGACAAGGCAUCAGGACGUCAUUAUGGAGCAGUAACAUGUGAGGGAUGCAAAGGAUUCUUUAAAAGAAGUAUACGAAAGAAUUUAGUUUAUUCCUGCCGAGGAACAAAAGACUGUGUUAUUAACAAACAUCACAGGAACAGAUGUCAGUACUGUAGGCUGCAACGAUGUAUUGCUUUUGGAAUGAAACAGGAUUCUGUUCAGUGUGAGAGGAAGCCUAUUGAAGUAUCACGAGAAAAAUCUUCAAAUUGUGCAGCUUCUACAGAAAAGAUCUACAUCCGGAAAGAUCUGCGCAGUCCAUUAGCUGCAACUCCAACUUUUGUAACAGACCAUGAAACAGCAAGGUCAACAGGCCUACUAGAGUCAGGAAUGUUUGUUAAUAUUCAUCAGUCUGGAAUAAAAAGUGAGCCUACCGUGCUGAUGUCACCAGAUAAGGUUGAUGCAUGUCAAGGAGAUUUAAGCACGCUGGCAAAUGUGGUAACUUCAUUAGCAAAUCUCAGUAAAUCCAAAGACAUGUCUCAAAGUAGUGCUGAGGUAUCUAUGAUUGAAAAUUUAAGCAAUGGAGAUACGUCGUUGUCUGAACUCCAGCAAGAAGAACAAGCAAGCAGUGAUGUCACAAGUGCACCAAAAGAGGGAGAGAGGAUGCUGAAGAAUAUAACAGUGUGUGAUUAUGUACUUCAAGACUCUGUGAUGAAUGCUUAUAAGAACCCAGACAUAAGGUUGCACAGGGCAUUCGAUACUCUUGCAAAAGCAUUAAACCCUGGAGAGAAUGCAGCAUGUCAAAAUUCAGAAAGUAUUGAAGCCAGCGUACAUUUGCUUGGUGGAGAAGCAAGCAUGAAUAUUGUUGAAAUAGAGGGGCCACUUCUCAGCGAUGCACAUGUAGCUUUCAGGCUCACCAUGCCUUCUCCUAUGCCUGAAUACCUGAAUGUUCAUUAUAUCUGUGAAUCAGCUUCCAGACUGCUCUUCUUGUCCAUGCACUGGGCACGUUCCAUUCCUUCCUUCCAAGCCCUAGGGCAAGAGAACAGCAUAUCGUUAGUAAAAGCCUGCUGGAAUGAACUUUUUACUCUUGGUCUUGCACAGUGUUCACAAGUGAUGAAUGUGGCAACUAUAUUAACUGCAUUUGUUAAUCACCUUCAUAGUAGUUUACAGCAAGAUAAGUUGUCAUCCGACAGAGGAAAGCUAGUGAUGGAGCAUAUCUUUAAACUGCAGGAGUUCUGUAACAGCAUGGUUAAGCUUUGCCUAGAUGGAUAUGAAUACGCUUAUCUGAAAGCAAUCGUCCUCUUCAGUCCUGAUCAUCCAGGUCUAGAAAACGUAAUACAGAUUGAGAAGUUUCAAGAAAAGGCUUACAUGGAGUUUCAGGAUUAUGUAACAAAAGUAUAUCCAGAUGAUACUUACAGCAUAACCCAGCAAGUUUUGUUUCCUUUCUUGCUGAUAACACAACAAGCUAACAUCAAAAUGAAGCCCCUCUGCCUGUACAACUUGUGUAACCUUCUUCUGCCAAACAUGUUUUUCAGGCUGUCUAGACUUCUUCUCAGACUGCCUGCACUGAGAUUGAUGAGUGCUGCCAUCACAGAAGAAUUGUUCUUUGCAGGAUUAAUUGGAAAUGUUCAAAUUGACAGCAUCAUCCCAUAUAUUCUUAGAAUGGAGACAGCAGACUACAACUCUCAAAUAAUUGGUCAUGCUGUAUAAAAGUGGAAACCAAGGAUUGUAAACCAUGGCAGUCACAGUAUAUGCAUACUCUGUCUCCAAGAGAUGGCAAGAAGCCUUCCCAUGCAACUUUAAAAGAAGGCUAAAAUUUUUCCUUUUCAGCCCACUUGGGAAAUGCAGUGGAGUGUCUUAAGGAAGUAGGACGGCUUCCUUUAUGCAUCUGGUUUUCAAGGACCUGUAAAUUACUUAGCAUCUAAAGAAAAUCAAGAAUUGCUCAUCCUAUUUUUGUAGAUAGAGGAACCCAACAUAUUUGUUUAUGAAUUCCAAAACAAACAGAAAACUCCAGCCCCCUGAAGAAGAAACACAAAGCCUUGACUGAACUGAAAUGUCACAACCUAGUCCGAUGUUUUAAGUUAAAUAAAUGAACCUUCUUGGAAUUGUGUUUUCAGUGUUUUGCUACUAGUCCAUUCUCACUGACUGAAUGAAACAGGCUGGUCAGAAAUCUUGAAAAGGCCAAAGUAUUUCUGUUGAAAUGAAUCCUUUUUAAUAAAAUUAACUUUUUUUAGCAACUUCGGGAAAAGCUGUUCUUGUUGAAUGAAACCGUUGAUAUCAUUAAAAGUACAGGGAAAUCAUAGAAAGCUCUCUGCUUUUUUAAACAUUCUGUUUAUACCUCGAUACAGUUGGUUAAAGUGCACCUCUGUUGCCAGCAAUGAGAUCCAUAUUGAUGACUAGCGGUUUUCUGGAUAUCAGGGGGCUAAUGCAUUCUAAUGUUGUAUAGUGGUACGUAGCAGCUGGUUGUCUUAUACUGUGGAAAACUAAUGUAAGAAUAAACUCUGUCCAUGAGGUAGUUUAUGAUGUCAAUUUCCAGUUGUGUUUUUCUAACUGAACACAUUCACUACUGUUUGAGCGUAGCGCACAGACUGGCAGGCCAUCACACUGCUGUUCAUCCUGAGCUGAAGCUUGGGUCCCAGAAAUGCAGGUUUUGGUCUCUUCACUGUUUGCCUCUCCUAAGGUUUGCAUAAAUCCAUAGGCAGAUCCAGGAUUUUGAAAAGGGAAUCGUAACCAGUAUAGCAGGGGUGACUGCAUCUCCUACUUCCAGACCACCCCACAAGAGCAACAGCCAGGGACAUUUUUUAAGUCCCCAAAUCGUGUCUCUCCACCCUACCAUGCCCCACUCUCAGCAGCAUCCCCCUUCCCUUUCAUGCUCAGCAGCACCUCACCUCCCCUUCCAUUCCCUCCACCCCACACUUAGGCCUGUGGCUGUGCGAAGGGGGGUGCUACCUGCUGCUACAGCUAUGCCAGCUGUUCCCGCCCUGCGUUAGCAGGGCUGCAGGAAAGCAGCUGCAUGGCCUCAGACAGGGGAGUGGUGAGUGCAUUCUUGCUCCAUGCCCCAGCUGCCAGGCUGGCAGGGAACACCUGGGGGCCUCUGGAGAUCCACCUGCCCCCAACUCGGCUGGGAACAACCUCAGUGGGAAUAGGGAGAGGGGGGAUGGGAAGGAAAGGGAGGUGACACUGAGCACGGGAAGAGGGUGCUGGAAGGGAGAAAGAUCCUUUUCUGCUUCAGGGACUUAAAGAAUCCCUGGCUGCUGCUCCUGCAGUGUGGUUUGAAAUUGGAGAGGGGGCGGAUUGUUAGAUGGCACCAUGGCGUCCCCUCUAGAUCUACCUCUGAAUAAAUCAUUUCCAGUUCUUAGAAUACAGAUUCAUGCUUCUGAAAAGGAGCUUUCAGACAAUUGAUUUGUUUAGUAAGAUGGAUAGUCCUAAACUGUUGAAACAGAUCCAGGAAUAUAGGGAUUGUUUAAUUCUUGCAUCAAUAUUGUUCAUUUGUCUGCAGUUAUUUUAACUUCUAGAAAUCUGCAAGUUAAGAUUGGAGGUUAGGUUUUAAAUCUACUGCUGCUCAGAUAAACGGACCACCUUCCAACUCAAGCCCUCUGCUUUUCUAAAAACCUGUUGACCAAAAAUGACCAGAUAAUCUCUCGUUACUGCCAGUCUGAUUUGUUUUCAGUUCCAUUCUAGGGAAUAGUUUUUCUGAGCCACUCUGAUGUUGGAAAAAGACUGGCCAUUUUCAUUCUUGAAUUGUACUGUCCGAUAGCAUCACUGCACCAAUUACCAAAAAUUAAAACGUGGAAAGUUGCUUUUCCAUGAACGCUUAGAGGCAUUUUUCUUAAAGUCUAGCUGGAUAAGACUUUUCCCCCACCCUUCUUCUCUCCCAGUACAUUAAUUUAUUUUCAGUGUUGAGUCUUCACAAAUCUGACUGGCUUGUAGCCAGUCUAGACUUACCAAACUCUAGUGUUUGAUUAGCCAAUAAAGAUGGCUCUUUUGCCAGUUGAGGGGUAGGAUUAUUUUGAACAGCUUUAUAAUUUUUGAUUUACAGAGCAAGAAAAAUGAUUUUUAGUAAAAAAAAUAAAUAUUUGAAUGGAAAAAUUAAUAGUUUUAUACAUUUCAGAAUCCCAUCAAUUAAAGGUGGGAGCACUGUUCUAAAUAAUGAACUGAGUAGUUAAAAAAAACAAAACAAAACUUUUUUUCUUAAAAAUGUAUAUUGGACAUAUCUACGUAUAACUAGUCAGUGUAUUUUUACUGAGGGUAUUUACUCGUACAGCUUGUAGUUACAUUUUCAGCUAUUUCAGAAGAAUUUUAUUGCACUGUCAACUGCAACAACAAACCUGUCCUGUCACUACACUUGUUCUGUCUUUGGUCUUGAGUGUCAGUGGAAGUCAUUAGCUUGGUCAUUUUGUUCCAUUUCUACAACUUAACUGGUAGUUCAGUUUUAAUGUAAGCAUUGGAAUGUCACAGUAAUUGUCUUGUUGUUGUAUAAAAGCUACUGUAAAUGUCCUGAAACUUGUCUAAGAUUGUAAAUUCUAUUUUGGCUGUAUUUUUUAAAAUAAAUUGUAACUUUUUAUUAUA